AUGCUGCCAUACAGUUUUACUCUUCUCAACUUCUGGGGUGUAUGGCCCUCGACAAAUAGCUCAAAAUGGAAACAAUAUAUUUACAGUGUAUAUACUAUUUUUAUGAUAAUACUUGUUUAUACAAAUACAUUAUCACAAAUUAUUGAUUUAUUUGUGUCAUUUAAAAAUUUAAAACAAUUUAUUAAUAAUGCAUUUAUACUGUUAUCAACAAUUGGAGCUGGUGUUAAAGCUGCUCAUCUUAUUUGGCAGAGAAAAACUAUUAUUAAUUUAAUGAAAAUUAUACAGAGUCAUCCAUGUAUUCCACAAGAUGAAGAUGAACAAAUUGUACAACAAAAAUUUAACAACAAAAUCAAACGAAUGAAUUUUGCUUAUAUUUGUCUUUUUGUUUGUACAAUAACAACUUUGACAAUUGCAAGUUUCUUUCGAGAUAUACCAAUGAAACAACUUUACUAUCAUGCCUGGAUUCCAUUUGAUUACUCUAGUAAAUUUCGUUUUUGGAUGGUAUAUAUACAUCAAGUUAUUGCUCAUGGUUUUGAUGCAUCUUUGCAUGCUGCUUAUGAUACACUGGCUCCAGCAAUGAUGAUUCAAACAUGUGCACAAUUUGAAUUACUUAAUUUACGAUUUGAAAAAUUACCACAAUCAUUGAAGAAAAAAAUUCAUAAAUUUGGGGGUAAUAAUAAUGUGAUGAUAAACAGUCAGCAUCUUAAACGUGAAGAGGCUAAAAAAAUUGGUGAAUGUGUUAGUCAUCAUAUUCAAAUAAUUGAAUUUUCUAAAAAAAAUAAUAGUAUUUUUGGAACGAGUAUUUUUCUUCAAUAUUCAGUGAGUUCAUUGGUUUUGUGUAUGAGUGUUCUUCGGCUAUCACAAUUAAAUACUUUUAGUCCUGAUUUGGCAUCUGUAUUUUUGUACCUUAUCAGUAUGAUUUCUCAAGUAUUCAUUCCAUGUUUUGCAGGGAAUCAAUUAACUGUUCAGAGCUCUCAAAUUUGUGAUGCAAUUUAUAGCAUGGAUUGGACAACCUUGACAAUAUCUACUCAAAAAAGUCUUGUACUUAUAAUGAGUAGAAGUCAAAAACCAGUUCAAUUUAUAAGUGGACGUAUAAUUCCUCUGUCAAUGAACUCUUUUAAUAAUGUUAUUCGAAUUUCCUACUCAAUUUUUAAUGUUCUUCAUGGAUCAUCUGCAAUUUAA